AUGGCCGCCGCGGGGCAAGCCUCAACUCUAGGCGCUGCAGAGCCUCACGCGCUCCUAGACCAAGCAAAAAACUUGAUUUCGCAGUUGUACAAUCCAUCAGGAGCUGCGCCAGAACACUUGAAACUGGUUCAAGAGCGCCUGCAAGAACUCCAGCGACUGCCGCAAGGAUGGCAGCUGGCUCAGGGCCUGCUGGACGACCCUGAUUCCAACACCAGGUUCUUUGGAGCCCUCACUUUUACCGUGAAAAUCAACCAGAGCUGGGUGGAUCUCUCAGAUGAGUCCGUGGCGCAACUCAAGGAGCAUCUUGUCAGGCGUUUUGUUGCCCUCGUUGACGCUCAGGAGAAGUACCAUGUGAUUCGGAAGCUUGCAGCUGCCAUGGUGGCUCUCUUAUUCAGAGAUGAAUCUUGGACGCAUCCAAUCCAAGAUCUUGGAGCGGCUUUCAGGAAUGGUGCAAUCAGUCAACAAUCUCACACCGACUUUGAGAAUACUACUCUACCGUCCCUAAACGAGGCCCAGAUCACCGGCCUGCUUUGCUUCUCUACCACGGCAGCCGAGGAAGCAACCAAAGCCAGUAACCUCGUUUGUAGGUUUAGUGGUGAUCACCCUGUCGCAGAGAGUCUUCAGGAUGGGUUGUGUCUUUGCAACUAUGUUUUGAGAGUGUUGCUACAGCAAAUAUCCGCCGGGACCGAUAUAGCCGACGCGAAUGCAGGCCAUGACGCCCUGCAGUCAUGCCGGGCAUGGCUGAAUGUGCGAUCUUCGAUUCAUUUCUCCAAUCUACCUAAACAGCAGCAUUUAAGCAGUACCACCGAUCUCCUAGUCCAGUGUAUAAGCGUGAAGAAGCUUUCUAAAACUGCGACGGAGAGUGUCGCCGAGAUGCUGAGAACCGAGAAUCGCCUUCUAACAGAUGCCCAUCAUGAAUAUAUAUUGGGAUACCUAAAGAGUGAAGCCGCUUCUGAACUAGUACAACGUUUGAAGGAAGGAGAUUACGAUGAUGACCCCAUGGCAUUCUGGGACCUUCUCGAUUCAUACACCGCUCCAAGAAACGUAAAGUUGAUUAGCGGAGCUCUUGGCCCCAGUCAUGCCCAGGUUCUCUCGUACUUGGAUGUGCUCUUUCAUGGUCCUGGCUAUCCCGGGGUUGACGAUAAACUCUCUUCUGAUCUCCUAGACUGGUGGACUGCGGCGGCCGACGACUUGCAAGAUGGCGUGGACGAAGGCCUCCAGGAGGCUCGCCAAAAUCUUGCAAAUGCGGUACUCAAUGUAUACAACCGGCUGAAGUGGCCUUCGCCGGACGAGUCGGCCGAUUGGGAUGCGGAUGAUCGAAGCGAGUUCCACAUCUUCAGACGGGACACCCAGGAUUUCCUUCUAUCCGCAUUUCCAACCUUGGGAAUUGAACUUAUUGAUUUGUUUCGACAAAAGGCUGUAACGGCGCUGAACGCAAAUGAUUGGACUGAUUUGGAGACCGCCUGCUUUUGCCUUGCACAGCUUUCUGAAACAGUUGAUGGGGACGAAGAAGCAGUAACACAUUUGGAUGCUAUAUUCAGCUCCGAAAAGUUUGCCGUGGUUUGUUUGAACAGCGACCAGUUGCCAAAUAAGACACGGCAAACCCUGGUGGAUAUGCUGGGGAAAUAUCAAAUGUUCUUUGAACAAAACACAAACCUUUUACCUCACGUUUUGACAUUUUUAUUUUCUGCACUGAAUAUUAGUUCGUGCACUAACACGGCAUCACGAUCGAUUGGAUUUCUCAGCAAAUCAUGCCGCAAGGCCCUGGUCACAGAAAUCCCGGUAUUUUUGAAAAUAUUCACCGAGUUCCAACAAAGCUCGGCAGCGACCACACAGAGCUUGGAACGCGUUGUGGAAGGUAUCGCCGCCGUUGUUCAGGCUCUUCCAUCCGAAGAAGCAAAAGCACCCUACCUUGAUGAAUUGCUCAAACCAUUUUUUGUUCAAACUGCAUCUGCACGUGAUGAUGCUCAAAGAGGAGACAUUGAAUCUGCUCAUACCCGAGGCCAUUUGGCUCUUCGAUGUAUUGCUGGUAUAGGACGGGGGCUACGAACUGACCAAGAUGGCAUCAUUGACCUUGAAAGUGAGGAGACAGCAUCCGAUGAUAAUACCUUCUGGGAGGCCCAUGACAUACAGGCACAGUUGUGUCAAUGCUUAAUGGUAUAUCUCGACGGCUUUCCAUUGGACCAUACAAUCGUUGAAGGCGUAUGUGAAGUUCUCAAAGCAGGUUUCACCGAAGCGACUGGACCAUUCGUGCUUAAACCGACCAACAUUGCUCUUUAUCUGACCAGCAUCCCUCUGGGGACUGCCGGGGCCGCAGAUAUCACAAUGAGCACAGCGUCAUCUUUUUUGGCUUCGUAUCAAGUCACACCCAUGAAGAUCCAAGAGGAGGCUGCCGUUUUAUUCGUGCACGUAUACUGGGCCUUUUCACUCAUGAUGCAGAACGCAGAACACAAUGACCCCGAAGUGUCGAACAGCAGCAUCGCAUUCUUGGCCAGGUCGUUGCCGAAAUACCACCAAGUGCUCUUUGCAUUAACGUCAGCACCACCUCCGCCUGCAUCACAUAUUGCCGCGGCGCUUAAUGGGAACAGCCAGACGGCGCCCGUUCUACAAACGAUUCUUAACUUUGUGACGAAUACACUCGGCAGCCAAGAACCACUUCCAUUGCGCUCCGCAGCUCAGUUCUGGUCUGGCGUUCUCAAUCUACCGAGCAGUACCGAUCCCCUUACGAACGUAUCACGGGCCAUCCACGAGUAUUUGCCAAGUCUCUGCCAUGUUCUAGUGACACAACUUAGUGGACGGUGCGCCCGAUCUGAUAUAGUUCAUCUAGCCGAGGUGCUGAAGAAAAUAGUAUUCAACUUCCAGGGCCAGGCGCGGCCGCACCUGACAGCAUCCCUGGCGUCAGUUGGCAGGCCCAAUGACCAGUCCUUGCCGGCUGAAACGCUGGCAAAGGAAAAUGAAAGAUUCUUGGCCAUGCUGGUUGCAGCCAGAGGAGGAACAUCCACCACGCAGGAGAUUGUUCGGUCGUAUUGGGUAAAGUGCCGUGGCGCUGGGUUCGCCUAUACUUGA